AUGGCGUUCAAGUUCUCGUUGGGCGCGGCCAAGGCCAACAAGGCCCAGUUGAACGCCAAAGUGAAGGCGGACGAGGAGGCAAAGGAGCGAGAAGAGAAAAAUGCGCUGGACAAGGUCAUGGCCGAAUUCGAGGAGGAGCACGGCGCUGGGAGCAAGGUGCUCGGCGAACCAGAGCGACAGGAGGCGGAAGAGGAUGUGUUUGUUCCCACGGGAAGCAAGAGGCAUUUUACUGGGAGGCAACGGAACAUGAAGAGCGGGCCCGGCACCCUCGAGACUGAUCCUCUCGACGAAUUCAGAAGCGCAGGCUCUGGACGCCUGGUCCCUCCGGCGCAAUCACGUUUUGGCGGCGGCGGCGCCCCUACAGGUCCCGCUGCCCUCGGAGCGGGCAAGCCGAGGGAGAACCUGUACACAACGGUCGUAGCGAAAGCCUCCAAUCUACCACCGACAAUGGAUCCCAAACGAGUCGAAGAGCUCUUCGCAGAAUUUCCAUCGCUGAAAGUUACCAAGGUGGAAAGGAUCCCGUCAGAAGGUUCAUUGCAGAAAGGACGGCCGAGUGCAACGAUGAAAGUCAUCUUCGACAAGGACGCCAGCGCGCGAGAUCUCGACGAUGCCAUGAACAGGCUGAACGACAAAAGAUACCUGGGGAGAGGAUACUAUCUGCAUCUGGAUAGAUACCUUGGGGGGCGUGUUGUGGGUACAGAACAGCGCACGGAGCCGUUUGGUGCUCGGUGGCAGGCUCCAGAGGUGGUCAAGGGCUAUGCUCCUCCACCAGACCUCGGAGGCGGAGCCAGAGACAGAGACCGCCCCCGCACAGACACUGAACGUCUGGUCGUCACUGCCAAUCAGCCGCCAGAUGCCGCAACGCUACGCUUGGUACAUAUGACAAUUGAGGGUGUGAUCAACGGUGGUGUGGAAUUCGAGGCUGGGCUGAUGAACGAUGCACAGGUCCAGGAAGAAGAACGAUUCGCCUGGCUGUUCGAUCAGAAGCACCCCGUAAAUCGAUACUACCGUUGGAGACUGCAUCAAAUCGUAUGCGACACACCCAACUCGGAGAUGUUUGCGCGCCAAGGGAACUGGCAAGGACCUACCGACCCACUCGCCGACGAAUUCGCGAAUCACUUGGGAGCCUUCGAUGCCGACUACGAGGAUUCAGAGGAUGACGAAGACGAAGAGAAGCCUCAGCAGAGACAGCUCCCUGUUGGUGACAACUACCCUGGCAGGGUGGAUAACGGUCACGGUAUCAUGAGCCCCCGGUCGAGAGCCAUGUUCCUGUGGUUGCUCACAUCGCUGCCACCGGGAAGCAUCGUUGCCGACGACAUCGCUGCUAUCUCUGUGUUUGCUGUCGAGCACGCUGCUCAGGGCAUGGACGAGGUCAUUCACCUUCUCGUCUCGAAUUUGAUCGAGCCCUUCCAGAUGAGUGAAACCAACACGAGAAGACGUCUUGGCGAUACAGAGGGCAGGGAAGAGCGCAGGCGCACGGAUCUUCGACAGACGACUCUGAACGCGCUUCGCAUCCUCUCUGACGUUUUGCUGACGACAUCGAGGGAGUCUGGAGUGUCUUACAAAUAUCGAUUGGCUAUCGGUACGCAGCUUGUUGAGCGUAAGGCGUUUGAGCACCUUCAGAAGCUUCCUGCGCAGCUAGAGAUGGGCCGCAUGACAGAAAGAACGUACCGAGACGAGGUCAACAGCAUCCUCACGGUGUGGAAAGACGAGCAUUUGUUCGACAAGCCGGCACUGGAGCAUCUCGACGAGGCUUUCAACGCGCGAGAAAGACAAAAGGAGCAGGAGGAGCAAGAGAGGAAGUUGGCCGAGAAGAGAAGCAAGCGCAAGGCUGCUAGCAAGAUCCAGGCGGACCACGAUGACGGGGUGGAGAGGAUGGAUGUGGAUCAGGAGAAUGGGGAGGAUAUGCAGGCGCUGGAUGGGUGGAGCAAGGGUAUGUCUCCAGCAGCGGUAGCUGAAAUAGCAGGGGAAACAGCAGCGGCACCUGGAAUAGCAGGAGAAGUAGCAGGAGAAGUAGCAGGAGAAGUAGCAGGAGAAGUAGCAGGAGAAGUAGCAGGAGAAGUAGCAGGAGAAACAGCAGCAGCACGGGCUAGGCGCCUGCGACCGCGCGCUGAAGACAUGUUUGCCUCUGAUGGAGAGUGA